CUGCGUGCGCAGGCGCACUCAGCGCCCUCUCCCUUCUUCAAGCGCCCAUUCCCUGCAGGCCUGGGGCGGGGUCUCGGGGGGCGAGGUCUGGGGCCGGGGCUAAAUGCGCCGAGAAGAUCCGCCUCUCUCUGCCAGCUCGCUGUCGCUGUUGUCGCCAUCAACUGGGAUCUACGAAAGUCAUGUUACCCAACACCGGGAAGCUAGCGGGAUGCACGGUUUUUAUCACAGGCGCAAGCCGUGGCAUUGGCAAAGCUAUUGCAUUGAAAGCUGCAAAGGACGGAGCAAAUAUUGUCAUUGCUGCGAAGACCACCCAUCCACACCCCAGACUUUCAGGCACAAUCUAUACCGCUGCUGAAGAAGUCGAAGCAGCUGGAGGAAAGGCCUUGCCGUGUGUUGUUGACGUGAGAGAUGAACAGCAAAUCAAUAAUGCAGUGGAGAGAGCAGUCGAGAAAUUUGGAGGAAUUGAUGUUUUGGUGAAUAACGCCAGUGCUAUCAGCUUGACCAACACAUUGGAGACACCUACGAAGAGAGUGGAUUUGAUGAUGAAUGUCAACACCAGAGGCACCUACCUUACAUCUAAAGCAUGUAUUCCUUAUCUGAAAAAGAGUAAAAUCGCUCAUAUCCUCAAUCUCAGCCCACCACUGAACCUCAACCCACUGUGGUUCAAACAGCACUGUGCUUAUACCAUUGCUAAGUAUGGUAUGUCUAUGUGUGUGCUUGGAAUGGCAGAAGAAUUCAAAGGUGAAAUUGCAGUCAAUGCAUUAUGGCCUAAAACAGCCAUACACACUGCUGCUAUGGAUAUGCUGGGAGGCUCUGGCAUUGAGAGUCAAUGUAGAAAAGUUGACAUCAUUGCAGAUGCUGCAUAUUCCAUUUUCAAAAGGCCAAAAACUUUUACCGGCAACUUUGUUAUUGAUGAAAAUAUCUUAAAAGAUGAAGGCGUAGAAAAUUUUGACAUCUAUGCAGUUAAACCAGGCCAUCCUCUCAUACCAGAUUUCUUCUUAGAUGAACAACCAGAUACAAUUACCAAGAAAAUGGAAUCACGUGGUCCUCCUCCAGAACUGAGAGAAGAGAAGUCACAGCCGCCACCAAAACCACGAUCUGGAGCUGUGGAAGAAACAUUUAGAAUUGUUAAGGACUCUCUCAGUGACGAUGUGGUUAAAGCCACUCAAGCAAUCUAUCAGUUUGAACUCUCAGGUGAAGAUGGUGGAACUUGGUUUCUUGAUCUGAAAAGCCAGGGUGGGAAUGUUGGAUAUGGAGAGCCCUCUGAUCGGGCAGACGUGGUGAUGAGCAUGUCUACUGAGGAUUUUGUAAAAAUGUUUUCUGGGAAACUAAAACCAACAAUGGCAUUCAUGUCAGGAAAAUUGAAGAUUAAAGGAAACAUGGCCCUAGCAAUCAAAUUGGAGAAGCUAAUGAGUCAGAUGAACGCCAAGCUGUGAAGGAAAAGAAAAAAAAAUUUCAUCCUCUAAGCUCAAAAAGGAAAAGGGCUCAGUAGUUAAAAUCUAAUGUUUGUUUUCCUCCCUCUUGUAUUGUAAGGAUACGCCUGUUUGUGCUGGAAAAAAUAGAAUUUCUGUAUCUAUAAGACUUGAAAUUGUAAUUAAAACAGCUAGCUAUAAGCUUCACUAAGUGGAAUUCUAAUACAUACUGUUCUUUCUAUUUUGUGAGUUUUGCCUCUCAGCCCUAUAAAUCAUUCACCAUCUUCUUACAGGACAAGUAUUAUGAGCAACCAAUUAGGGUCAAGCAGUAAAAUAAGUUCUUUUCAAAGCUUCUUCUCCCAGACUAGUCAGUUUUAAAAAUUUUUAGUUUUGGACUGUAUACUAAUGAAAAUCUUAAUGAUAUUUUAAAUUUUUAUAUACUUCUUUUAAAGAUCUUUUACAAUGCAUUUUCCCAGGAAUCACAUAAUAAACUACUUAAAUACCAUUUGUAAAGACUAAUGAAACAGUUUUUCAUUUUGUUAACUAGCUUUCUAGGUGUAAGUUAUCUAUAGGAAAAUAUUAAUGUAAUUCAACUAAUUGUAGUAUGUAUCCUAUUUUAAAGUAUGUAAAAAUGCCCUAAAAUAAAAUUGUAACCCCCAGCCCUCCAGGACCAGUUAAGCUGACCCCAUCUCUUAUCAACAGAGUGAUUAGGAAUCGACUUUCAGAAAAUCUGCCAAGUCACAUAGCCAGGGCAUGUGCAAAAGAAGUGGUGACCAGAAACAACCUUGGAACCAAAGAUCCUCCUUCCCACGGAACCCAAGGACCAGGACACGACCAGAUCUUGAAAGUUGGACUCUUAUCAGAAGCGAGGGGUCCCUCAUUCAGGAAGAUCCCGUGUUAAAAUUCCUUACCCACCUCAUCAAAAAUGUUUAAAACCCCAUCAUAAAUGUUUAGAACCUCAUCAUGAAUGUUUAGAACCCUGUCAUAAAUGUUUAAAACCUUACCAUAAAUGCUUGAAGCCCACUUAUCAAAACCUGUUCCACCAGCGUUUAUGUGUGCCAGCUUAUCCUCCCUAACCUCUUAAAUUUCAUCCCAAAUCUUGAAUUGGGGAGACAGAUCUGAGGGCACGUGUCCCCUGGCUCCCUGCACAUCAAUCUCACAGAAUAAAAAGCUGAUUUCUCCCACAAA